UCCUUUACAAAGUCUAGCAUGGCAUUAAAUUGGGAAAGAAUCGAUCAGCAAUCUUCUUCCUAGCAGAACCUUUAUUCUCCGUCAAUGAAAAUAUAUAAAAGAUGGAGAAGAAUCCAGAAGAGCUUUUAACAGAUUUGUUUUGCAGUCUGCGCCGUUUCCACAGGAACCUGAGCUCAGUCUUAGUCCUUACACGUAGAAGAAAGGCAACACCUCAACGUGACGGGAAUUUCUUGAAAUAACCCGAGUUGACGACGUAUUCACAUUUAAGUAGAUCUUAUGGCAAAGCAACCCGCUUUGGAUUAUUCCUUUUUUUUUUUUUUUUUUAAUUGUGAGACGGAGAGAGAUCCGAACCCAACGAUCUAGAAAAGAGAAAAUUCCUCAACUAACACCCGCCAUUGCUCACCAGCCACCACCACCACCACCUACAGAGCUUGAGAGAAAAGGGUCCAUUACCAUCGACAAUGGCAUCCGCUUUCGACUCGUUCAGUCCCGGCAGAGAAGACUCCACCAACGACAACCAAAAUGACCAAAUGACAACCAAUUCCCGCCCUUUCAACAACGAUGGCUAUAUGGGAUACGGCUCCUCAUUCCCCGCACCCACCUCCCAGGAUGAUGUUUUCUCUGGCCACCAGCCACCACCCAUCUCCGAAAACCUCAAUGUUGAUCCUCCUGUCAAUGAUAUCUCCGCUACCGACUUAUCCAACGACGACCACCCGCAUUCUAAGGAGAUGAAUGGGUUCGGGAUGUCUGCGCCAAACCAGGAGUUCGCCUUACCUUUCGAGACCAUGGGGACGCCUGAAACUGAUGGAACUAAGAAAGGGCAUGGAGAGGAUGAAGUUGGCAUUUUUGCCUCCGAUGGACCGCUUCUGCCCGAUCCUAGUCAGAUGCAGGAGGAAUGCUCCCAACGACGCGAGUGGCGCCGGCAAAAUGCACUCCAUCUUGAGGAAAAGGAGAACAGAGAGAAGGAGAUGCGAAAUCAAAUUAUUAAUGAAGCUGAAGAAUAUAUAAGAGAAUUUUAUGAGAAAAGGCAACUCAAUUGUGAAACUGACAAGGCUCAGAACAGAGAAAGGGAGAAGGGUCCAAAGCCUGGAAAACCCGCUGAUCUUUCGAGGAUGAGGCAAAUUUUCGUGAGGCUCAAACAGAACCCUCCAUGUCAUAUGAUGCCUCCCCCACCAGCCAAAGAUGGCAAGGAUGCAAAGGAUGGGAAGCAAGGGAAGGACACCAAGGUGGGCAAGGAUGCAAAGGGAGGGGGAGAUGGCAAGGAUGCGAAAGAAGGGAACAAUGUUAAAGAUGAGAAAAGUUCUACUGCACCUACAUCUGCAACUACACCUACGCCUACUACAGCAGCAGCAGCUGCUCCCGAUAACCAACCUUCUUUGCCACUUAAAGAUGCUGCUGCCAAUGGUGCACCUGACUCAGCUAAAACAGAGACUCUUGUUGCUGCUGAGGUCGAGCAAUCUGCUGCAACUGAUCCAGCAGCCACUGAUUGAUGACACACCGCUCUUUUUAUUAUUAAUUUCUUGUCAUUCUUUGCAUAAUUUGUUUAAACCAUUUUUGCGAAGAAUAAGUGCAGCUCAGCUGGACGUUCUUAAGUCAGACCCGGGCUGUUGGACUUGCGAGCUUCUUCCCAACUACUAUAGGAUUUUCUAGGCUCUAUUGAAUUCUGUUCUUUUA